CCGUCCCUGCAUGCAGGUCGUGAACGCAGGCAUGUCCUCAUGGAUGAACUUUGGCUCUGCUGCAGAAUUCGUUCACGUAGACCUGCGGAACAGGUUAUCCUGAUCACUGACUCACUUUCUGUUGAGUCUUGUCACUCGCCUUGCUUGCUUAGUGCAAGGUCGUCACAACAGCAAACCUCACGCAUAGCACAAGGUUGGCGGCAGAGACCUCACUCAUCACGAGGUCGACAUUUUCAUCAGCGAGCGAGGGGCCUCACCGGCGUCCAGAAACGCAACGGCAGAUCUCAUACACAUUGGUUGUGAACCAUGACGUCCGCCUACGACUGCCUGUCACCCACGAUAGUAGACACGCGCGAGGACCUGUCCCUGCUCUACAGGGUCCUCCGCCUCGUGAUCAAGCCUCUGCGGCCACGCCUCACCUCGCCACCCAAGAAAGCCCUGCCGCGCGGAUCGCCAAAGCUCUCCCGCGACGCAAAGAUCAAGCGCACCAGCUCGUGCGACGUUGUCGAGCGACAUGACGAGUUCGGCCUGGGACUAUGGGUGUACGACUUUGAGCCCAAGAGUCGGCAUCGUCGUGAUCACUGUCGUCGUCGUCAUUACAGCACCACCACGGCGGCGUCCCCUCCGUCAUCAGCAGGGCAUCCCAGCAGCGAUGCAACACCGACCACAACAACAACCACACCGGGAACGUCUCGAGCGGCCUCUAGCCCUAGGCAUAGGGUUCUCUUCUUCGCGGGGGCGGGUUUCAGGCGCCCCCGAGCUCGAUGCACUGGCGCCUUGUCGCGGGCUUGGCGGACAAGUUCCCCGAUGAAUACCAGUUCACACUCAUGUCGUAUCCGCUCGCGCCCGAGAGCCCGGCAGGCGAGUCGCUGCCGGUGCUGAGGGAGUACCUGAGGCGGAGCAUCACUGCCGCUGCAGCGAAUACGUCCGCGGUGGAUGGGCAGCGGGGAAGUAUAAGCCUGAUGGGCGACUCUGCGGGCGGGAAUAUUGCGCUCAGUCUGGGGAUGUGGUGGGCCACGCAGCUCGAGGCGGC